AUGGAAAUUCUUGUGUGUAAAAUUGUGGAGCUAAUAUGUAUCCUAACUCUUCUAAUGUAUGCACCCUGUGCUCUUCUUUAUUCAUAGGUUGUUAUUCAUGUUCUUCUACUUAAUGCACUAGUUGCAUAAGUUCAACAGAUUAUCUUGAUUCUAUAAAUAAUUCAUGUGGUUCUACAUGUCCUAUUGGAUAUUUUUAAUCUACUACAUCAACAAUACCAUCUAUAAAUAUUUGCAGUGUUUGUGAUUCUAAUUGUUUAAGCUGCACUUCAACGAGUACAAAUUGCAUAAGCUGUAAAUCAAAUAUGUAUUUAUAGGGUAGCUAAUGUUAACCAUCAUGCAAUUAAGGGUUUUAUCCUAAUUCUAGUGGAAUUUGUGUUAGUUGUAAUAUAAAGUUUUCUAAUUGCAAUUAAUGUACAGCAAGUAGCUGCUCAUAAUGUUAAAGUUCAUAUUAUUUAGUUUAAGGAACUAAUACUUGUAUAAAUUCUUGCCCUUAAGGAUAUGCGACAGAUACUUCUUCAUUAAAUUAAUGCAUCCUAUGUACAAAUACAGAUUGCAAUUCUUGUAGCACUGAUUUAAUUACUUGUAUUACAUGCACUUCAAUUAAACCCUAUUUAUCUAACGGUACUUGCGUAUCUCAAUGUGGUAGUGAUUAGUAUGUAGAUCAAUUAUCAUCUACAUGUACUAAUUGUAGCUUUAAAUUUGUUGGCUGCUAGACAUGUACAUAAAAUUCAUGUUUGUCUUGUAUCAAUAGUACAUAUUACCUCGAUAUUACUACUAAUUCAUGUGUAGCAUCAUGUGAUGCAUCUCUAAUUACACUACCUCCUCCUAUCUCUUAAUGUGUGUAAAACUGUGUAACUCUAGAUCCAAGCUUAAUAAAUUGUAUAUUAUGCACAAAUUCUUCAGGAACUUUAACCUGCUAAUUAUGUACAAAUCAAAAAGUUUUAUACUAAAAUGUUUGUCAGGACAAUUGUCCUUCUGGAUAUUAUGCAAAAAGUUAAAAUAUUUGCACUUCUUGUAGUAUUUUAUUUUAAGGUUGCAAUACAUGUACAUCAACUAGUUGCUCAUAAUGUUAGAAUUCCAGUGAUUAUUUUGAUCCUAUUCUUGGUCAGUGUGUAAAUCAGUGUUAAAAUGGAGCAAAUCCUGUUUCACCUUCAAUUUUAUGUUAACCAUGCACUAAUUCAAGCUGCUAAACAUGCUCAACAAGCAAUUUAAGUUAAUGCAUGA